AAGAGCUGACAGAAGUAAAGCUGCGAGGCGAGUCAUCGAUAAAAUUCAAGUUUCCAAGAGCGUUAAACAGCACCUUUCUCGGCACACGGACACUGUAUUUAAUUGGUAGGCAUAGUUGGCAUCGGUAUCGAUUUUCCGGACCAAAGCUUGAAGAAAAUACUGCCGAGAUCUCUUUUAUAAGAUAUGGAAAGGAAGUACCUUUGUCUGUGUUUUGGACUAUCGGUGGCGGUGAAACUUGUUUAAAAUUUGAAGACGAAUUACUACUUAAUUUACAAGAAGUUAUCUGUGCACUGGUUCCAUUGUGCCAAACAGUGCAACAUAUUAUCAUUGACUGUCAUAUGUUAGAUUGGUAUAUUCCUGCACAUGACACCAGACCUUUCAUUCCAAUGAGAUCAGUCCUCACCGUUUGCAUUCUCGGCAGCAAUCCUGGAUACCCAAAUGCACCACUCCUUUCGACUCUCAGUGGUUGUUUUCCAAAUGCAAAGAGUCUUGAGCUAUCUUGUUACUUGUUAACACGCACUCGAAAAUACCAUUCCGACCCCCAACUGUCUUCCUGGAGACAGGUAAAAUUGGACUUGUAUAACGGAAACUCAAAAGACUUCGUCUCUCUGGAGACCAUCUUCCUCUCCCUUUCUUCUGCCUGUCAAAACAUAGAAUCACUCUCCAUCAAAAGCACUACAGCUCUCCAAUGGGACAAGUCAAGCAAAGACGUUAAAGAAUGUACAUUACCUAAUCUGACUGAUAUCCAUCUUGAAUGUCAUCGGUCUGACGAGCAUUAUUCACUUCAAUUCACAACAGAAUUACUACACGUAAGUCGUAGGAUGAGUCGUAGUUUGAAGUUUGUCAAAGUAGAAAGUGUACAGCUAGGAGAUGCAGUAAUGAAGAGUGUUGAAUGGUCCAGAACAUCUUCAGAUUCUUCGUUGCAAAUUAAAGGUGCAUCAGCGGCUGUACCCAUAAUUGACUUAAUUAAUCUUACAACUAGUGACCUUAAAGAGGUUACCGUCCUUACCUUUUACAGUUGCAAGAUUGAUUUCGGUCAGUCUGAAAGUAAGUCCCCGCAAAGUCCGAAGGAACUUGGUACGCUGCGGGAAAUCAGGUUCGUUGGUUCAGAAAACCCACUUUCCGAAUCUGACAGGAACAAGCUGUCGGAGUUGUAUCCUAAUGUCAAAGUGACAGAAAAUCAGACGAGUCAGGAAUCAUCUGAAGAAUCCCAGGAGGGUGCAGGGAUACCUUUCAAGUUGGAUAAGGCCUCCUCUCAACCACUCAAAACCUCUCCAAUAGAUGAACUUGCUGAGGAAAAGGUUGAAUUUCAUGAAUAUACAGGGUCAAAGAACCCUGAAGGCAGAGAAGAAGAAACAUCUUGGCAAGAAAAAGAAGAGGAAUUUGACGUCAACCAAGUACCCGAUGGAGGAGAUGUCGAAACAACCAAGAAGGAGUGCUGCAAGAGAGUUGGAGCUGAUGGGGGCAAACUUCAGCUAGAAUCCUUUGGAAUUGAACUUGAGAUACCUCCCGGUGCAAUCGACAGCAAAGAGCAACAGGAAAUCUCUCUACGUGUUCUGACCGAUACUCCUGAUCUUGGUGACACCAAAGAGGAGAUAUCAGUCUGCUUCAGUUUACAGACCUUAGCUCCUAGUGACUUAGUGCUGAGGUCACCGGUGACUUACACAAUACCUCAUUGCGCUGUUGCAACACGGUACUCCAGUUUAGAGGCAGUCCUAUACACAGGAGAGGGGGAGUAUACAUCGGAUGCUGAAGUCAAUGAACGAAUCCUACUUACAAGGUCAGGAAUACCAAACUGUAUCAUCGAGAAAGAUGUUCUAAGACUGCAGAUGGAUCAUUUCUCUUGGUUUAGCUUGGGAUUCAUCAAGAGUUUGCUCUUCAGAGGGAAACAAAUGUGUUGUUUGCCAUUUACCAAGAAGCCUCCACCAGAGAGAAGGGUGCCCGUCAUUUUACGUGUACAUCUCUAUGAUGACAUCAAAGGGAAAGAAGAGAUGGUAAUACAAAAGGAAGAUCGUGUAGGAUUUGCCCAUAUUCACCCUUCUACAGAAGUUCCAAUCAACGUGACAGAAGAGGACGUCACAAUGACUUGUUUCAUUGAAGAUGAUUGUGUUGGAGAGGAGAUUGUCAAGUACGAUAGUUUAUGGAGAGGCAAAGACAAGAUGAGAUCCUUCACUUUGGACCUGACCAGUCAACCUGAUAGAGUGGUACUGAACCUACAAGUCGGCCAGAAAGGGCAACCACUGGAAAAACUACUUUGCUUGUUAGAGUUUGCAUCCCAUUGCAGAUCCUCUAGCGUGCAAACCCAUAACCUAGGACAACUAGAAGGGGCUACAGGUCAAACACCACAUCAACAUAUAGAAAAAACAUCAAAAUCAACAAUGAGAGUAGUAACAGAUGAGGAGAUCACCAACUUAGCCGGUCGUCUACCUGAUGCUAAAUACAGCAGGAUUUGCGAAGAAUUGGGUUUUGGUUACAACUACACACAAAAGAUUAAGACCAAACAUUUACUGGACUCGACCGCUGCUUGCAAAGAGGUAUUGCAGGAAUGGAAAGACAAAGGUGGAGACAUGGUGGAUCUUGAUAAAGCUCUUAUGAGGUCAAACCUUGGAGGGCUCAUACUUGAAUAUAAGAAACAAAAAUGACAUUAACAUCAUGGCAUGGGAAUGUCCUAGACAAGUGUCACCCACUGGCAUAGAGAUGGGGGUGGGGCUUCACGACCAGGAAGAAAGACCGAAAAGGGAAGAAAAAGGGUGAAAUAUAAUAUUUUCUGAAUAAUUAUCAUGUCAAAAAAUUAUCACAAAAUUGGAACUUCUUAUAAAUAAUGUCAAUGUUUUUCUCGUUCACUCGCAACCUUUAAUUUUUUCCCGAUAUGCUAUGUCUGGCCUUUUUUUUCUCAUUAUGCUACUGGUUUCAACUGAAUAAAAAUUUAGUUGCACCGAUAGGUAGGGCGGGCAUCGGACUGUACACGCUACUUGUCCAUCUUGACGUCAAAUUGGUAAGGGGGAUAUUGUCUUAACAAGAAUCUAAUUGAAAUAUAAAAAUUCAUGCCCGCUUACCCGCUCACUUCUCCCUUUCUUUAUCCCUUUUCUUCUCAUUCUUCUCACCAUUUUUCUUUUUUUGUAUUGUUUAUUUGUAUUGUAUUUGUGUUUUAGGCUUAUCCCGUCACAAACACUGGCUUUCAGGGAACGCUUUCUUCUGUUAACAGUUAUGCUAUAUAUCUAUAUUUUUAUGACAAAUACUUUUGUAUAAUUCUUAUUGAAAAAAUUAUAUUUUGUUAAAAGGGGAGAGAGUAAAUAUUUAUUUGAAGUGAAUUGAUUUGAGUUUCAGUUCCAAAAUUCAAGUUCACAUAAAAGUACCUCCCUCAUGUCGAAUAAUAUCUAUUCAAUUAAUUGCGUUUUAGAAAUAAAUAUCGAUGAAUGAAUACUUUGGUUAAUUAUAUGUUAUAUUAAAGGCACAGUCCAUGCCAAAUGGUUAUAAACUUUGUAUUAAAUGUCACUUGAUAAAUAUGACAUUGUAUGAAUCAUGACUUCUCGCGUAUUGUUUUUUUUUUAAUGUAAACUUCAAAAAUUGAUAAAUUUUGUUUUCUGUCGUUGACUAUAAAAAUCUUCAGUGAUAUAAUUCUCCUGUUUUCUAAUAAAAAAAAAUCGGCUUUAUAAUUUCUUGAUAAUAAUCCAUACGGAAGUCUUUCUCCAUUGAUCAUUUAUUUAUUAUUUAUGUAUUUACUUCUAAUUACUUGUUACACUCAGUUGUUGAUGUUGUGCAUGUUGUAAUGACCAUAUUUAUAUCUUUUUUUGAAAAUGUGAAAUUCAGCCAGUGGUUUGAGAUGCAAUUUGAAAUAAACCACGAAUAAUAAUGAUAACAAUAAUGAUAAUAAUAAUUAAUAUCGCAGAAAUGUGUUUCGUUUUACCAAUAUAUCUUCUGCUUUUGUUAUUACCAUGUUUGAUUGAAUGUUUUUUUUUUGUGUGUGUGAUUGGACAGCGACGACAAACAUCAUUUGCUGGUGUUGAAGAAAGAAGAAAGAUCCAUGACAAAAAAAAAAAAAAAUGGUCAAUAUUUUAUUGGUAACAAAUGGCGAUUCUUCUUAUCGAGAAGUUAAUUCUUUAUUUAAAUAAAUAGGAUGGGAUGAUGAAACUGUUUUUAUCCGUGCAUACGUUUAUUCAGGUGUGACAGCUACUUUAGGAUUAAAGGCAUAAGCAGUUAAGAGCUACUGAAAUCCUUCAUUCUUAUUGGCUUAUAGUAAAUUUGUUAUAGAAAUUGUUCAUUUGCUAUUAUAUGUCUUCAUGAAACGGGACCUAGAAUAG